GGGAAGCCGCGCGCCUCUCGGAGGCGUGUUUCCUGGCCUGGCUGGUCUUCUCUGCGGGUUUUUGUGACGAUUCGAUAACUAUUGAUGGUCAUGGAUAGACAUAUUCCAAUGCAUCCAUUGCCUGAAGAAAUACGGAAGAUGUCCCGGGAUCAGACAGUGUGUAAAUACUGUGGAGUCAGUUAUUUAAUCCUUCAUGAGUUCAAGCUCCUUGAAGAAAAAUUAAAAGUGAUGGAAGAGAAAGUGAAAUUUUAUGAAGGAAGUGUUGAACGGGAGAAAAUACUUCAAGAAAAACUACAGUGCCUAAGUCAAGACUUUGAGCAGUGCACAGCAGCUAGCAAAUCAAAAACAGAAAGAAUAAAAAGUUUAUCUCUUGAGAUUGAAAGUAAGCAAGCUGCACUACAACAUCUAAAUGAGCAGUUGCGAUGUCUUCAGAAAGAGAAGGAAAUUUCACAUAGGCAGUUAGAGCUGUUGCGAAAGGCAUCGGAAGAACGAAUGUUUAUCAUAAAAAAAGCCUUUGUCCUCCUUCCCUUUAUCAGAGAAGAAAUAAACAGUAUUAAAGAAAAAAUAUUUGGCUUCUCCCGUCAAUGGGUUGCACUAAAAGAGGAGAUUUUUUUACAUCUAAAAACCAUGAAUGUUACUGCAUUGGAAGAACUGUCAAGGGCAAAACAAAGAAUAGGUGAAUGCCAAAGGGAAAAUCGGGGUCUUGAGGAGGAGGUGCAACAUUUAAGACUGGUGUCAGAGGCAGCUAAAAGGGAAGGAGAGCAACUUCAGACUUCUCUGUUACGAGAAAGUGAAUUGCAAAACAGAUGUCAUGAACUGCAAAAGAAAACACAAGAUUUAACAAGCCAGAUAGAGACAAUUGAAUUCCAGUUCCAGAAAUCAGCAGCUGAAGUGCGCCAUUAUAAAGAACUAUUCAUAAAGAAGUCAAAAGAAGUUGAAGACCAUCAAACUGAACUCCAGAAACUGACAUAUGAGGUUGGAAUGUCCGAAUCUCGGUUUAAUCAUGCCCUGACAGAACGAGAACAAUCUUUGCUUGCCUGCCAACAAGCGUGCUGCCGUUUACAGGAAGAAAUGAUUGAGAAAGAGAGGAAAGAAGAAGACCUUAAGAAACUAACCAACCAUUUGGAGAGUGAACUGGAAGCAAUUAAGAACCUCCUCAAGCAACGAGAAGAAGAAGUGGUAACACUUAAGCAAGAAAGGGCAUCUGUGUUGAUUUCCCAUCAGACCAGAACAGAGCAGCUGGAGAAAACAUUGAGGCAGAAGGUGCUGAGUGAAAAGAGUUGGCAGGAAAAGAUUGAAGCUGAAAGAGCAAAAGAACAACUCCAUCACAAAGAGGAGAUUCUGAGACUAAAAGAAGACACCAAAAUGGAGCUUGACAUUGAGAAACAAAAACAUCAAGAAAUAGUUGCAAAAUAUCAGAAAGAUCAGAAUGAACUGCUGCAUACAAAGAUACCUCUUCUGAUAUCCAGUGCGACCUAUAACCUAAAGAUGGAAGUGGAUGCACUUGAAAAGAAGCUCCAUGAAUCCCAGGCCAUGCUUACAGAGAAAAACCAGGAAAGAGAAAAAGAAAUGCAAAGCCUUAAAAAACAAAUUAUGGAACUUGAACACCAGCUGCAAGAAGAACAAAGCACGCACCAUUCAGUGACAGUAGAUAUGAAAGAAGAAAUCAAAAAGAAGACCCAGGAGCUGGAAAAACUGACUCAGGAGCAAACACAAGUAAUUCAGAAUAUGAAUCAAGUCCAAGAUGAGAAUGCUCUUCUCCGGGACACAGUGCGCAGGGAGUGUGAGGAACGUUAUGAGCUCACUGAGGCUUUGGCUCAAGCCAGAGAACAAGUUGUGGAGUUAAAGAAACUUGGUGGAAACUUCCCGUUGUCACAUUGUUCUCUCAGUCAGGGCGGUCUAACCUCCUCCACCCUAUUGGUCAGCAAUCAUGGGCAGAAAAACCCCAGCUGUGGGAAAGGAGCAGGAUCUUUGGGACUCUGUGGGAUUUCGAGAGCCACUAAUGCACCAGUCUACAGUACUAGAUACAAGAGCAACCACAUGGGUUUUCCGGCUCUGCCUGCACUACAACCCCCAGGCAGAAGAACCUCUUCAUCUCUAGAUGAAUCCAGGAGGAAGAGGAUCACAGCAGUGAUAAAAAGACAGCUGAGUGAACUCUGAUGAGUUAAGGACUAGUCCCUCUGACCAAGAACUGCCACCAAAAACCAUUGGCAGAAGCCAAUCAUCCAUCUCGGUAUGGGGAGAAUAUUUCCUGAUCUGAUAUUUGAUACUUUUCGUUGUUUUAAUAUGUUGGGUUGAAGAAUCAGAUAUGUAAGUUUUAGAAUUUAAUCAUGAACCAGGUUAUUUUGCUCAAUAAAUGUGGUUUUGGUCCAGU